CAUGUUGGUGUUGGGCAGUUGCUUUCUUCAUAGCUUGCCUGGUUUUUGGUCACAUAGUGGACAAUAUAUAAAUAAACCUCAUUUCUUUUUUUCUUUCUAGGCACAAAGUAAUAAUCAACACAAACAACAACACAACAAUCAUAAACUAUUCAAUUUAGACUUUCUUCCCCUUUUUUUGCUAUUUAGUUUUUUCUCCACUAAUUUCAAUUCAAUUUUUUAUCUUUUGUUAAUUCUGUUUCCACCCCCCCACCACCUCCUCAACCUUCUCUCUCCUCUCUCUCUCUCUCUCUCUCUGGUUCUUGAACCAGAUUGAAACCCAUUUUUGAGUCCGGAAGAAACCCUCUCUCUCUCUCUCUCUCUCUCUCUCUCUCUCUCUCUCUCUCUAUCUAUGUAUGUGAGAGAAAGUAAAACACAGUAGUUGCUUCUUAGGUCUGACCCACUUUUUUUUCUGUUUCUUGAUCUGCUGCUUCUCUGUCUGAAAAUUAAAAAAGGGUUUGUCUGAAUUUUAUCUUUGUGUGUGGUUAAUGGUAUAUACAUACACAUAUACUUACACACCGUGGACUUGGGUUUUUUCUUUUGAAGAUUUCGUUUCUUUUUUUUUUUUGCAUCUAAGGAAGAUCUCUGAAGAACUUGUAAGAGCUUCUGUUCUUUACUACAGACUUUUUUCUUGCAGUUAAAUCAACACCACAAGCAUCCCGAUAAAUUAUUCAAGAAAAUCCCUACUCGAGACUUUCGAAGGGUUUUUUUUUCAAAUGUCGUUCCGAAGUAUAGCAAGAGAUAUACGAGACAGUUUCGGUAGCUUAUCACGUAGGAGUAGUUUCGACGUGAGGGUGCAAGGCCACAAUCACCACAGGGGAAAAUCGCACGGCUCUUUCCACGAAUUAAACGAUCAUCAGCCAAUCAUAAUCCAGAAUAGCCAAUGGGCUAAUCUCCCACCCGAGCUGCUCUUCGAUGUAAUAAAAAGAUUGGAAGAGAGCGAAAACACUUGGCCGGCUCGUAAACACGUUGUUGCAUGUGCCGCCGUUUGCCGGUCGUGGAGGAGCAUGUGUAAAGAGAUUGUCAAGAAUCCCGAAAUUUGCGGGAAAAUCACCUUUCCGGUUUCUUUGAAGCAGCCAGGGUCUCGUGAUGGAACGAUUCAAUGCUUCAUUAAAAGGGAUAAGUCUAAUUUGACGUACCAUCUAUUUUUGUGCCUUAGUCCUGCAUUGCUAGUUGAGAAUGGGAAAUUCCUACUCUCAGCAAAAAGGACUCGGAGAACUACUUGUACGGAGUACGUUAUCUCGAUGGAUGCAGACAACAUUUCCCGAUCCAGUAGCACUUACAUCGGAAAACUAAGAUCAAAUUUUCUUGGUACAAAGUUUAUAAUAUACGACACGCAGCCACCACACGCUUGCUCCGCGCAAAUUGCACCGCCGCCUGGCAAAACGAGCCGAAGAUUCUAUUCCAAGAAAGUGUCCCCCAAAGUACCCAACGGCAGCUACAACAUAGCCCAAAUCGCAUACGAAUUAAACGUGCUCGGCACGCGGGGCCCGCGCAGAAUGCACUGCCUAAUGCACUCAAUCCCCGCAUCCUCACUGGACCCCGGUGGGGUGGUCCCUGGACAACCGGAGCUCCUCCCGAGGAAUCUUGAAGAUUCAUUCCGUAGCAUCUCCUUCUCGAAAUCACUCGAAUUCAGCAGCGCCCGAUUCGCCGACGACAUCGCCCAAUCGUCCAGUGAGGACAGUAAUAAAUCGAGGCCGUUGGUUUUGAAGAACAAGGCGCCGCGCUGGCACGAGCAGCUGCAGUGCUGGUGCUUGAAUUUUCGAGGGAGGGUUACCGUUGCUUCGGUUAAGAAUUUUCAACUGAUUGCCGCAUCCGCCGCCGCCACGCAGGCGGCAGCAGCGACCGGUGGUGGUGGUGGUGGGCCGCCGCCGCCUCCGGCAGCGGGUGGGUCACAACCGACAACUGGAUCAGAUCACGAUAAAAUUAUUCUGCAAUUCGGCAAGGUUGGUAAGGAUAUGUUUACGAUGGAUUAUCGGUACCCUUUGUCGGCUUUCCAGGCGUUUGCUAUUUGCUUGAGCAGCUUCGACACUAAAUUGGCUUGUGAAUAAGAGAGAAACAAAAAAAAGAAAAGAAAAAAAAGAUAUUAUUAUAUGCUUGUUGACUGAAGAAGUUCAUAAAAGAAACAGGUAUUUAAUUUGAUGGAUGUAGUUCAAAAUUAUUGUAUAUUUUUCCAUCCUUGGAAAAAAAAAACAAUUGGUGUAAUUUUGAAUUUUUUUUUGUUCUCUCUAAAUUUAAAUUGUUCUUGUUUCAUCUUUAAUUGCUACAGGCUUUGA